AAACAAGAUAAAACAUCAUAGUCAUCUCUUGUUCGAUCAAACCGAGGUAAGAAAAACAAGUGCAAAUUCUUGAGCUUUCUUGAUCAUAAAAAUUGCAUCUUUAACUCUGCUCUUUCUUCAAAUUGACUAGCCAUGGCAUCUUCCUUUCAUCUCCUCUCCUCCUCUCCCACCCUUCUGGACAGAAGAUUGAGAUUCCCAGUUCAAUCUGUAAGGCCUAAUCACAUUUUCAACUUCCCCAGAUCAUUUCCCCUAAUUCAAAAGCAAGCUUUCUCUGCAAUUUCUUCUUCUUCUCUUGAUACUGGUUUGACUACUGAGCUCGAUGCUGUGUCUUCCCACAGUGAAGUAGUUCCUGAUACUGUUAUUUUCGAUGAUUUCGAAAGGUUCCCUCCUACUGCUGCCACUGUUAGCUCUUCUCUGCUCCUUGGUAUUUGCAGUCUUCCUGAUACCACAUUUAGGGGUGCUGUUGACACUGCAUUGGCAGACAGGAAAUGCAACGCUUCUGAUAGCUCAGAUGCUCGAAUGUCAUGCUUCUUUAACCAGGCUUUAGUAAAUGUUGGAUGUGAUCUAGCAAAGCUAGUUCCAGGUAGAGUCUCGACUGAAAUUGAUGCUCGUCUUGCGUAUGACACAAAUGGCAUCAUUAGCAAGGUGCACGACCUGUUGAAUUUGUACCGUGAAGUUGAAGUUCCCCCAGAGCGUUUGUUGUUUAAAAUUCCAGCAACUUGGCAAGGAAUUGAGGCAUCAAGAAUAUUGGAAUCUGAGGGUAUACGGACUCACAUGACUUUUGUUUACAGCUUUUGUCAAGCUGCAGCAGCUGCUCAGGCUGGAGCUUCAGUUAUUCAGAUCUUUGUUGGUCGAAUCAGGGAUUGGGCACGUCAUCGCAGUGGUGAUCCUGAGAUAGAAGCUGCUCUCAAGAGAGGAGAAGAUCCUGGAUUAGCUUUGGUGACGAAAUCUUACAGUUACAUUCACAAAUAUGGCCAUAAUUCUAAGCUAAUGGCUGCAGCUAUUCGGAACAAACAGGACGUGCUUCAUGUUUUAGGGGUUGACUAUAUCAUUACUCCGUUGAAGAUAUUGCAAGCGCUGAAGGAAUCUGUGACUCCUGACGACAAAUAUUCUUUUGUGAAAAGACUAUCCCCAGAGUCAGCUAAUGCUUACAAUUUCAGUGAAGAAGAGCUUGUACAGUGGGACCAAUACAGUUUUGCAUCAGCUAUGGGACCCGCUGCUGUUGAGCUUUUGGCUGCUGGUUUAGAUGGCUAUGCUAAUCAAGCGAAACGAGUUGAGGAGUUUUUCGGAAAGAUUUGGCCACCACCAAACGUCUAAGUAUUAUGUUACUGCAGAGAAGUUGACAGUCCUAAAUAAAACAAGUUGAGUCCAAGUUUUUUCUGUAAUGUUCAAGCUCUGCGGCUCUGUCCUUUGCGCUGUUUCUCUGUUAAUCUUCUGUAGUGACCCUUCUCUCAUGCAUGUUGCAACGCAGAGUCAUGUUUUUUUUUAUUGUACUUUCAUGUUAGAUUGUUCAGUGCAAGUAAAUUGUUCGGAUAAUAGAUUCAUGAUUAAAUUUAGAUGCAAUGAACUGCUAAGAUGGCGAAA